AUGGAUAUUGUUAAUGUUUCUAAGGAUGAUAAGAAUUAUAGAGAUAAUAAUGAUGGAAACGAUGGUGAUGAUGAUUGUCAAGCAUUCAUAGCGACAAAGUUAAACUUUUUAAAUGAAAAAUUUGAGAUAAUGCUUAGAAAGCAUAGAUUGGAGCUAAAAAUUCUACAGUUGAAACAUAGAGAAGAGGUGUUGAUGUUGAGUUACGAAAUUAAGGAACUAGAAAAUUGUUGUGAGAAUCUUUUGGAUACUACUUCUGCUGCUGCUGCAUCUACUACUGCUACUUCUACUACUGCUACUUCUACUACUGCUACUUCCAAUGAUAAAGCUGCCACUACUACUACUACUACUACUACUACUACUACUAAUAAUAAUAAUAAUAAUAAUAUCAAACGGACAUCUAAGAAUGACAGAUUACCUAUUAAUAAUGAAAAUGAUGAAGACGACGAUGAUGUUGUGUACUUGAAGCUGGCUUCUAUAGUAAAAGGUUACCUGACUAGGAGGUUAUUCGAGACAGACCGCGUUCGAAACCUCAUCAAAACCAUCGGCGAUGCGGCCGAACUAGCCCUAGCCGUCCAAUCAGAAACGAGGUCAGUUUGCACUGACCUAGAUAAGAAUCUCCUAAUUAGAGUCAACAAACAGUUAACUGCUACCAUGUACGACUUGAAUGAAGUUUUCAUGGAGACAUCAACUCGCGAAAAGAUGAUGAUGAUCAGGAGACAGAGAAGUAUUGAUAAUGAUAAAAUGAUGAAACUAAACAAAGACGCUUCGAAAACAAAGAUGGCCUCCAAAUUAAGCCUAGCAACAAAAAAGGUUUUAGAACGAAAGCAACUGGCUCCAACUGGCCAAUCAUUGAAGAGUAUUCAAUCAACUAGCCAUACAGGGAAGAGUUUGGCCAUGGGUUUUAGCCAAUCACGGAGUAGUAUUCGGUCGACUAACCAAUCAGAGAGGAGUUUGGCUUUUGGUGUUGGCCAAUCACGAUGUAGUAUUCGACCAACCAGUCAAUCAGAGAAGAGUUUGGCUCUGGGUGUUAGCCAAUCACGAAGUAAUAUUCGAUCAAGCAGCCAAUCAGAGAAGAGUUCUUCUCUGACUGUUAGGCUACCACAGCCAAUGAAAAGCUCGUCAACAACAUCACCACGGAACGCUAGCUUCUUUCCUAGAAAGGAAUACGUCUCUAAUAAAUAUUUCACUAAAAAUAAUAACAAAGAAAAUAAUAAUAAAAACAGAGGAAAUAAUGAUACUAAUGUUAAUAAUAAUAACAGUGGUACUAAUAAUUAUGAUAAAAGAACUUGCACUACUACUACUAAAACUACAACAACUUCUACUACUACUGCUACUACUAAUCUAAAUCACACUAAAGGCCAACGUAAUGCAUCUGAAAAUAUUAGACGCUAA